AUGACAGCGAGUUGGGCAUCGGGCGGCGGCGGCGGCUGCAGCGAGAAGAGCGGUGGCGACCGCAAGUUAGGUCGAACCCUGGGUCCUGGAAGCAGGUGGGGCGGAUUUAGUGGCACAGGAGGCAGCGGCGGUGGAUCGAGUGGAACAAGGGACGGGGGUUUCCUGGGCGGCGGUGGGUCGGGAGAACCCACGGCUAGGGUUUCUUCGGUGCUACACUUUGGUGGCAAAAAGGAAACUCCUGGUGGCCGUGUCCGCAUAGAUGCAGACAAGUUUGGCAGCGCAUUCUUGGGAUGUGGGUUUGAGGAUGGUAUCACUUCUGAUUAUGUUGAAUGGGUUGAUGGGGAGUGGGAUAGCAAAGCAAAGUCAGUCAUUAAGUAUCUUGCCAUGAAGAACAAGAAACUGGAAACUAAGAUUACAGAAUAUGAAGCUGAAAUUAAAAGGAAUGAGAACCCGACCAAACCGUACCGAUUGCAUAACUUAUAUGCUUACAUAUAA